UGUUGAUUUCUAAAGUAACUGCUGAACACAGUAACAGAGUAAUAGACUACACUACGACAGUAUAAGUUUACAGUAAACCUUCGAGUGUUAAAUGAUAAAUUAUUUAAUUUAAAAUGUCAGUUGUUUUCAAUUUUGUCGUCUGUCAUAUUAAUUAGAUUUCUUUAAAAAACAUUUUGCAAUUCCGUUUUAAACAUGGACAAAGACUUAACAAAUUUUAAGAAAUGGUUCCAACACCUAGGGUUGGAAGUGGAUGGAAAAAUAGACGACGAGGUGUUAAAAAAGCUGAUGCCACCUCAACGACGAGACAUGUGGAGACAUAUUAUUAAACAUGUACGUUCCAAAGAAGAGGUGGAUUUAAUUAAGAAAUCUUUAUUAUUACAUAAACUCCAAAAACGUCAAAAACCGUUAAUGUCAAAAGUGGAAUCUUAUAAUGAUCUUGAUAAUGCAUUAAAAUAUGAAGAACUUGUUACAAAAUAUAAUAAGCUUCAAACGGAUAUUAUUAAUGCCAAAAAAAAUAACAGCAAAUUAAAAAUGGAUUUGAAUGAAAAAAUUGAACACAAAAAAAAUAUUAUUAAAAAUAUUGAAAUCAAGCAAAAUACAUCAUAUGUAGCAAAUCAUAAAAUCGAAUAUUAUAAUGAAUUUAUCAAAAUGUAUAGCGAAUUAUCAAAUGUUUGUGACCAUUUUUCAACAGAAGCAAAUAAAGAUUUGACUAAGGCUGAUUAUGAGGAUUCUUUGAUUGUAUGUUGUACUGAAGUGGAUGAUGCUAAACAAUCAGGUAUAAUGAACGAUAGUGUAAAUAUUGGGAAAAAGUUGUGCAAUGCUAUAUAUUCAACUAUAUGUGAUAAGUCUCCUGCUGUUUUACUCCAAACUGUUGAAGAAAAUUUAACAAUUAAUAUAAAUAAAAGUAAAGAUACGGUUAAGGAGGAUAAAGAAACUGUAAUACAUAACAGUGACAAUGAAAUUGUAUGUGAUGAAGUACUUAAGAAACUUUUUCAGAAGCAAAUAGAGUUAGAAUCAAAUUUAUCUAACUUAUUAACUGAAAAGGAACAUGUUUUUAAAAUUUUAAAAGAGACAACUAAUCUAGUUAAAAACGAAGUUAUUAGUCAAUACAAGCUGAAAAAUUUAUCAUGUACUGAAGAUGAUAUGCAAGUGUUUAAGAAAAAUGUAAUAGAAACUUUCCAAAUGUGGUUUAAAAACACUUUAGGAUGUUCCAAGGUAACUGCAUUUCAAGAAAAUGUCAUUGUUGAAGACGAGUCAUUAAAAAUCUUGGAUCAGAUUGUUGAGCAAACUAACACCUUAAAUGAAGAAAUAAAUCAGAAAAAGAUAAUUAUAGGUGAAAUGUUAAAAGAAUUAAAUGAUAAAAAAAGUGAUUUCGGAUUAAUGGAAACAAAAACAGUUAUGGAUAAUUUAGCUGGAAAUUAUUUGAAUUCAAUAAAUAACAGUAGUUUGAUUAACAAAUCAGUAAUAUCUUUAAAAGCUUCUGUAGUUAGUGAUGUAAACAAUGCAAAAAAAGUGACAAUUAAGUCAACUCCGAGGUUGAAUUUUAUACAUUUGCGGACUUUGAAAGAUAUGAAACAACACUCAGAAAUAAUAGAUAUUAUUUGUGAAAAAGCAAAAAAAUUUGAACAGAUCAACAUAGUAAUUUCUAAUGGAAAUAGUUUUAAUGAAAUUGUACAAAAAGAAAAUACUCAUAAAUCAGAAUUUAAAAGUAUUAUUUCACAAAUUGAAAACAACAUUUCAGAAUUAAAGUUGUGCACAGAAGAUAGUAAACUUGUUGCUAACAUAUUAUUAACUAAGGAGUUACAAAAUAGUUUAGCUAUUAAUUAGUUUAUCAAGGAGUUGACAAGUAACAAUUCAAGUUUCCAAAAAAAAUUUCAAAUUUGUAAAAUUACAACAAUUUUUUUAAAUUUAAAUUGGUAUGUUA